UUUCAUCGAUUUCACCUAUAUUUCAGAAAUCAAAGAUAAUGGGUUUAUCAAAUGACAGGAUCAGAUUCAACGUUGGUGGUAGAAUCUUCGAAACGACGGCGACGACGCUCGCUAACGCAGGUCGCGGUUCUUUCUUCGGAGCAUUAUUCGACGAAAAUUGGAAUCUUUCGCAACCCGACGAUCUCUUCAUCGAUCGGAAUCCUGAUUGCUUCGCCGUUCUUCUCGAUCUUCUCCGAACAGGAGACCUCAACAUCCCACCUAAUAUUCCAGAGCGUCUCCUUCACAAAGAAGCAAUGUUCUACGGCUUAAUCGACCACUUACGAACCGCAAAGUGGGGACCUUUCGACGGUAACAGACUCCACCUCUCUCGUUCCGUCACCGGCAUAGCUCCCGGAGACGGAACGGCGAUAAGAGCUGGUCCAGAUGGUGGAUGCUGCGUAGCUCAUGGCAGCGUCGUCCAUGUGUUUGAUUGGAUGCUUGAGGAGCACCCAACGAUUAAUCUUGAUUACCAGAGAGUGAACGAUGUGGGUUGGAUUGAUUCUGGUAACAUUGUACUCUCUGCUUGUGAGAGAUUAGGAAGAGGAGAUGGAGGAAUGGGAUUGUUUAGCUCAUCUUCUGGUGAGCUUAGGUAUAAGUUUCAGGUGAGUCAUGAUAAUCAGAUUAAGAGUUAUAGUGCUGGAGCUUUGAGUUUUAGUCCUGAUUCUAAGAUCUUUACGAGCUGCAAAGGAAGAAGCAAUGAGUAUGGAAUUGGAGUUUGGGAUCAAAUUACUGGAAAGCAACUAGAUUUCUUUUACGAGAGUCCUGGUUGGUCUUUAGGAGAUGCUGAUAAGCUGCAAUGGUUGAGUGGUAAGAAUUGUCUUCUUGUAGCUACUUUGUUUCCAAGGAAAGAUAAUUGUUAUAUUAGCUUGUUGGAUUUCCGGGACAAGAACAUGGUCUGGUCUUGGUCUGAUAUCGGGUUUCUUGCAACGGCGGAGGAGAAGAGAGUGAGAGAUGCGAUAGCCAUGGAAGAGAGCAAUUCGAUAUGUGUGGUGAAUGAGUUUGAGGAUCUAGGUUUUAUUGAUCUGAGAAUGGAUGGAGGAGGGAGUAGUGUGAGGUGGAGUUCUAGGAGCAGGUUGAUGAAAAGCAAGAUGCCUGAUGAGCCUUGUUACCCUAAACUUGCUUUGCACGAAGGCCAGCUCUUCUCUUCUAUGAAUGAUUCCAUCUCUGUGUUUUGUGGAUCAGACUGGGUUUUGACUUCUAGGUUGAAAAGAAGCUAUGGUGGCUCCAUCUGUGAUUUCUCCAUUGGUGGGGAUCGGUUGUUUGCGUUGCACAGUGAGGAGAAUGUGUUUGAUGUGUGGGAGACUCUGCCUCCUCCCAUCAUCUGAUUUCACAUUUUGCAAAUCUUGCCUUAGUCUGGUCUGUUUCUGUUGCUUCUGGUUUGCUUCUUUUGUUUAUGUUUUAGGGUUGUUAGAAAAACUAUAGGAUGAGAGAAAUAGCAAUAGUCAAUAGAAUAUAAACAUAGAGAACAUGAUCAUAGAGUUUUGUUAGAAUUGAUAUUGAUACGAUUUUAAGUUUCCAGUUUCAGGUUGUGUUCUGUUUUGUCCUUACAUGACUCUUUCUCAAUGUAAGAAAUUAAUCCUCUUUUG